AUGGGACUGACUCUACAAGUUGACACCGAAAACGAUAACGUCAGCCGGGAGGAGAACGACUGGCUACAAUAUCAGGAACAGGCCGAGUCUGAAAGCGACUCGGAUUCAGACGAUGAUUUAUUCGACGGGAGAUUGAAUAACCCAUUCAUCCGAGCUGGUUCUGUCGCCUUGAACUUGGCGAAAAAAUGUGACACGUUUUUCGCCAAGGUUGGGAUACGGAAGGCUGAAAUAUACCGUGACCCCCAGACUGGAAAUUGCAUGACAUGUGGAGGUAUGAACGAAGGGUUCUUCUCUCCAAUCAUGAAUAUUGAAAAGGGUGCUGUGGCUGGGUGUCCGUCUUGCAGUAUCAUCAAAGCUGGCGUGCGAGCAUGCCUACCAAGGCAGAUUGCUAGUAGCUCCAAGAUCUCUGUGAUGGAGAGUUGGAACUCAGGAUGUGCUGGACGCCAGUUUAUCAGAACGAAAAGGAGAUCAGCAACAGUCCCCGGUGCUUACGGCGUCAUUGUUGUCAGGAGCAGCCAUCUAGAUAUCAGCAAUGUCUUUGUCCCCUCGACGGAGUUGCGAGAGGAUGUUGUUGCCGAACUCAACUUCUUCGGUACCAAAGAGGAACCGGCAUCGUGGGACUCCAUCGGCAUCGCUUACCACAUAUCCGGAGACACGUCCUCAGACGAAGCUUUUCGAUGGUUCCGAGCGCGUCUAGAGCACUGCAUUUCGGAGCACUCAUUAUGCAGGGCGGCAGACGACGACGGUCGAAUGCCAACCCGCGUUCUAGACUUAGGGCCUUUCGAUGGUCUUACUGAGAGCGAGGGUUCGCAAGAGACAUCCGAUGGUGAUAUCCGACUUCACGAGACUCGAGAUAUCCGCUUGACAAAAGAUCGAUAUCACUCAUACACACAUCGCAUUACUUGGUCAUCCUUACCCCAAGGGUAUCGAGAUGCAAUCGGACUCACGCGCAAGCUUGGAAUCCGCUACAUCUGGAUUGACUCGCUUUGUAUCAUUCAGGACGACAAGGACGAUUGGAGGGCAGAGGCAGCUCGCAUGGCAUCUGUCUUCCAAGGUGCUCACGUCACCAUCUCAGGGACGAAGUCCUCAAGCCCCCACCAGAGCUACUUCACGCAAAGCCCAGGCAAGUACAUGGCAAAGAGAGUAGAGCAUUGCGACGGCGAAGGGAAGAGACGGUUUACAAAUGUGCGACAGACCGUUCCGCACUUCUUCUCGUCCGACGCAUCUGGGGAACCAAACUACAGCCCGGGCGACUUCCCUUUGCUGAACCGUGGCUGGGUGUUCCAGGAGCGUCUCCUGUCUCCCCGAAUACUACACCUGGGUGACGUAGAGAUGGCGUGGGAAUGCAACGAGGAGACCGAACCGAGAUGGGCGCAUACCAAAGGUGCUCACGCACGAAACCUAUCAUCUGCUACUGAGGCCGAAGAGCUGUACCCAGAUUGGCGCAGCACGGUAGAGAACUACAAAAAGACGAGGCUCACUUAUCAGAACGACAUCCUCCCGGCCAUUGCAGGUGUAGUGAAGAAUAUGCAGAGGUUCAGAAAGGACAAGUACUUAGCCGGGAUCUGGGAAGACAGCCUACUCGACGAUCUCGCCUGGCAGGCUACUCAAAGCGUUUUGCAUCGACCAGACAAAUGGACAGCACCAACGUGGUCGUGGGCAUCUGUGACUUCACAAAUCAACUACUCCAACCUGCGUACGAUCCUGGCGUCCAAGUUCCUUGAAGAACCCGACUUGAAGGGGCAAAGAACUGUGGUCAUUGAAGCUUCAACGGAGUCUGCGGGAGCAGAUCCCACGAUCGAGGUCAUCUCGGGUCACAUAGCUCUGUUCGGCCCGAUGAUUACAGCGCGCUUAGAGUGUGAUGAAGAGGAGGAAAGUAACGGUCUUCACCGAACAUAUUACGCUUUCCAUGGUAGCACGAUGUUCGAAAUAGCCCCUGACUACGAUUUCCGGGCGCCAGGGAAAGACUGUGUGCCGCUCGGCAGCACUAUUUAUCUCUUACACCUGUGCAGAGAGCCGGAACUUCGAAACAAGAACGGUACAGGCUAUAAGAAGAUGCCAACCAAAGUCUUUUCCCUCGUCCUCCGAAAGGUGGCUGAUGGUGAAGGCACUCAUGCAGAUAGCUGUCCAAGUAGCAAAGGCAAGGUAAAGAACGAUGACUCUUCAAAGGGGCCCAAUUAUGGGACGUACGAAAGGAUCGGAAUAUUGAUAUUAGCCAGCGAUGAAGAUGGGAUGGAGGAUUACGUGGUUGAGAAUGGCCGAGACUGUGUGGUGAAGUUGAUCUGACCUGGCCACGUUUGCUAUUGUCAAAAGAUCUGUGGGCAGUAUCUCGUUACCAGGCUUAGUCUUCACACAUUGUGGGAGGAAUUCUCAUAAUUUUGCAAAUUUAGUUUGCUCGAGCAUGCGGUGCUGCGCCGCAUGUCAAACAUGGU